AAAGCAAAAAGCAGAUGUGUCUCUACAGGAUCAGUGAGUCGGCAGAGUGAUACCAGCAAUACACGGUAAAUUAUUACACCAUUAGAGAAUCGCAUCAGCCGACCCUCAGAAUCUUCAUAUAUAUCCGCUAUUAUGAGAAUAAAAGUUCUUCUAGUUUCCAUUAUUUUGCAAGUUUGUCUUGGUCAACAAACGGAGUUCAAUUUUCCCGGCAAAAUCCAGGCAUUACUCGGCUCCUGUGUCGAGAUCCCCUGCUACACCUCAAAGUCGUCUAUGAGAGUCCAAAAUAACAAUGUGGUCUGGCACGUGGAAGACGCUCCAUUUAGACAGAGGAUCAUCUAUAGUACGGACGUGUCACAGAUAUCAAUGAUUUACAAGGACCGCACCCAACUAGUGAGAUCAACCGCAGACAACUGCACCCUGAGAAUCCACAAAGUGAACAAGCAAGAUGCACAUUUUUAUUUUCCAAAGAAAAACAAAGUACCAAAAGAUAUCUUUUUUAAAAAUUCUGAAAUAAUGGUUCAAGUAGAAGUCAUAGAUCUCCCCCCAGAGCCAGUAUUAUUGGUGCCAAGUGAAAUGACCGCAGGAGAAACUACUACAAUCACUUGUAUGGCAAAUUAUACCUGUGCUUCCAGCCCACCUACCUUCACUUGGAACCUCCUUGGUCCUUAUGUUACAGAAAGAUCAGACCUUGGACAUGGGAAGUGGAGCGCUUCAAGUAAACUGGAUUACACCCCCUUCGGUACAGACAAUGGGUCAACAAUUCAGUGUACAGUUACAUAUUUUGGCGGACAAACGAAACAAAGUACGAGUAAAAUAAACAUUUUAGAUAUUUUUACAGAGGACCAGAAAACCAACUCUUAUAUUGGACCAGUUAUUGGAGUCACGUGUGUCAUCUUACUUUUGGCAAUUGUAUUCAUCGUUUGGAGAAAACAUGAUUUUUGUCUCUGGAGAAGCAAAACAGAGUGCAACAGAAAACUGGAGAAAAAGUAUUUAGACACAUUAUCGAAAAAUAGUACCAGAUACACAGAUCUACUUGAGAGACAAAAGUCGUCUUACUACACAAUAGAGCCGACAGCUCAUUCCCAUGUGCCUAGACAAGGGCAGAAUAUGGCGCCAUCCCCUGAAAAUAAUUCUAUAUAUGAGAACAUGAUGGCUAGAAAACCAUCUGUAUAAAGAAAACAGAGGGACAGAUUCCCUGUUACGGGAUAAAGAAGAAAUAUAUGCAACUCCUUACGCUCAAAAUUGUAUUUCUGUGUCUUGAUUCUGAAAAAAAAUAAAUAAUAAAUAAAUAUAUAU